UCGCCUGAGCUACCUGAAGCGCCACGAGCAGAUCCACAGCGACAAGCUGCCGUUCAAGUGCACCUUCUGCAGCCGCCUGUUCAAACACAAGAGGAGCAGAGACCGACACGUCAAACUCCACACAGGAGACAAGAAGUACAGUUGUCAGGAGUGUGAAGCUGCGUUCUCUCGCUCCGACCACCUGAAGAUCCACCUCAAGACCCACAGCUCCAGCAAACCUUUCAAGUGCAGUGUGUGCAAGCGCGGCUUCUCCUCCACCUCCUCGCUGCAGAGCCACAUGCAGGCUCACCGCAAGAACAGAGAGCACCUGGCACUGAGGAGCGAGAGGGACGGAGGCAAGAAGGGAGGCGUGGACAUCGACCUGGACCAGGACCUGUACAUGUGUGAUUACUGCGAGGAGACGUUCAGCCAGACGGACGAGCUGGAGAAACACGUCCUGACCCGACACCCCCAGCUGUCGGACCGAGCCGACCUGCAAUGCAUCCACUGUCCGGAGAUCUUCCUGGACGAGGCUUCUCUCCUCACACAUAUCGAGACGCAGCACGCCAACCGCAAACACAAAUGUCCGGUGUGUUCCGAGCAGUUCCCGUCUGUGGAGGACGUCUACUGCCACCUGGACAGCCAUCGCCAGCCGGACUCCUCCAAUCACAGCGCUGCCAGUCCCGACCCGGCGCUGGGCAGCGUGGCCUCGAUGAGCUCGGCCACUCCAGACUCCAGCGCCAGCCUGGAGAGAGGCUCCACCCCCGACUCGACGCUGAAACCCAUCCAGGGCAGCGAGCGGGGGCGGAGAAGAGGCGCCGACACGGUGGAGGAGAUUGGGAUAAGCCUGCUUCAUCGAGCUGGAGGCGGAGGAGGGAGUUGGAGCAAGUUGACGUACUCCUGCCCUUACUGCUCGAAAAGAGACUUCCACAGUCUGGCGGUGCUGGAGAUCCAUCUGAAGACCAUCCAUGCAGAUAAGCCUCAGCAGAGCCACACGUGUCAGCUCUGCCUGGACACGCUGCCGACGCUCUACAAUCUCAACGAGCAUGUGCGCAAGGCUCACCGGGCCAGCAGCGGAAACGUCAACUCGGCGCCGGCAGCUUUUCCUCUGCUGCAGUUCACCAACGUCACAGCGUUCCACUGCAACUACUGUCCCGACAUGUUCGGAGACAUCAACUCCCUGCAGGAGCACAUCCGAGUGUCCCACUGCCUGCCCGGGGGCAUCGUGGCAGGAUCCACCACUUUAGAGGGGAACCACGCCUUCUUCUGCAACCAGUGCUCCAUGGGCUUCCUGACCGAGUCGUCCCUGACGGAGCACAUCCAGCAGACGCACUGCUCCUCGGCCAUGGGGGGCGGAGGAGGGUCUGGAGGAUCCGUGGCCAAACUGGAGUCCCCCGUCCUGCAGGCGGCGUCUCAGUCCUUCAUGGAGGUGUACUCCUGCCCCUACUGCACCAAUUCUCCCAUCUUCGGCUCGCUGCUCAAGCUCACCAAGCACAUAAAGGAGAACCACAAGAACAUCCCGCUGGCUAACAACAAGCGGCAGGCGAAGGUCGCAGACUUGAGCCCCGCCUCCUCGGAUGUGGAGAUCUCCUCCCCGAAGCGCCACAGACUGGGGGGGGACUCCACCCCCUCCAUGGGGAGCAACGGGGACUACCCGUGCAACCAGUGUGACCUGCGCUUCUCCAGCUUCGAUGGUUUCCAGGCCCACCUGAAGUCACACCUGGAAAUGCUGCUGCGGCGCCAGUCCUGCCCCCAGUGCAACAAGGAGGACUUUGAAUCCCAGGAUGCAUUGCUUCAGCACCUGACGGUGCACUACACCACCACAUCCACCCAGUACGUGUGCGAGAGCUGUGAUAAACAGUUUUCCUCGGUCGAUGACCUGCAGAAGCACCUGCUGGACAUGCACACGUUUGUGCUCUAUCACUGCACGCUCUGCCAGGAGGUCUUUGACUCCAAGGUCUCCAUACAGGUGCAUCUGGCCGUGAAGCACAGCAAUGAGAAGAAGCUGUUCCGCUGCACGGCCUGUGCCUGGGACUUCAGGAAAGAGUCCGAUCUUCAGAUCCACGUCAAGCAUAACCACCUGGGUCAGAGGUCAGGCCUCCCGGGGGGGCUUGGAGCAGGACUCAAACCCCGAAAGUGCAUCUUCUGCGGGGAGACCUUUGGGACCGAGGUGGAGCUCCAGUGUCACAUCACCACGCACAGCAAGAAGUUCACCUGUCGCUUCUGCGGCAAAGCGUUCCACGCCAUCUCCCUGCUGGAGAGACACCUGAGGGAGAAGCACUGCAUCUUCGAGGGUGGCACCAUCACCGGCAACGGAGGCGGCACGGGGAGCAGCAGCAGCCAGAACGGGACGCCCAACGGCCUGGCACAGUCCUCCAAGCGAGGAGUUGAGAGGGGAACGGUGGCUGCGGAACAAGCCGACCUGCAGAACAUGGUGCUGAAGAGCGGAGGAGCCACCCAGGGAGGAGACGCGGUGAACAGCCACGAGGCGAGCGGGGGGGAGGAGGAGCUGGACAACUCGGAGCCCAUGUACGCCUGUGACAUCUGCGGAGCGGCGUACACGAUGGAGUCGCUCCUGCAGAACCACCGGCUGCGUGACCACAACAUCCGGCCGGGAGACGACGACGCCAGUUCUCGAAAGAAGAAGGCGGACUUCAUCAAAGGGAACCACAAGUGCAACGUGUGUUCCAGAACCUUCUUCUCUGAGAGCGGCCUGCGUGAGCACGCCCAGACGCACCGCGGCCCGGCCAAACACUACAUGUGCCCGAUCUGCGGCGAGCGCUUCCCCUCGCUGCUGACCCUCACCGAGCACAAGGUGACCCACAGUAAGAGCCUGGACACAGGAACCUGUCGAAUCUGUAAGAUGCCCCUGCAGAGUGAGGAGGAGUUCAUAGAGCAUUGCCAGAUGCAUCCUGACCUUCGGAACUCCCUCACCGGCUUCCGCUGUGUCGUCUGCAUGCAGACUGUCACCUCCACCCUGGAGCUGAAGAUCCACGGCACCUUCCACAUGCAGAAGCUUUCCAGUGGCUCCACGCUUGGAGGAGGUGGUGGAAACGGGACAGGAGGAGGUAUAGCGGGAGUAGGAGGAGGGAACGGCUCGGCCUCUUCAUCCCCUAACGGGCAGCUGCAGCAGCACAAGCUGUAUAAAUGCGCCUUUUGCCUAAAGGAGUUCAAGAACAAAGGGGAGCUGGUGAAGCUGGAUGUCAACGGGCUGCCUUAUGGCCUCUGUGCAGGCUGCAUGAACAGGGGCACGAACGGCCAGAGUCCGAACCAGGGAGGAGCUGCCGGGGACAUGCAGGGGGAGAAGGCCAUGGUCGGGCUGAGGUGUCCAGAGUGUGGAGUGAAGUUUGAAACCUUGGACGACCUGGAGAGCCACGUCCAGACGGAUCACCCCGAGGUCAGCCCCGAGACCAGCGCCACAGGGAAGAAGUCCGAGGCUUCACCCGUACCGAAGAAAAAGACGUAUCAGUGUAUUAAAUGCCAAAUGACGUUCGAGACGGAGCGAGAGAUCCAGAUUCACGUCGCCAAUCACAUGAUCGAGGAGGGCAUCAAUCACGAGUGCAAGCUGUGUAACCAGAUGUUUGACUCACCUGCCAAGCUGCUCUGCCACCUGAUAGAGCACAGCUUCGAAGGCAUGGGAGGUACCUUCAAGUGUCCCGUCUGCUUCACAGUGUUCGUGCAGGCCAACAAGCUCCAGCAGCACAUUUUCGCCGUCCACGGACAGGAAGACAAGAUCUACGACUGCUCCCAGUGUCCGCAGAAGUUCUUCUUCCAGACAGAACUACAGAACCACACACUGAGUCAGCACGCGCAGUGAGACCGAGGCCCGGCAGGAUCUCUCGGCUCAGCCGGGGCCCCCGACCCGGAGCCGGCGGGGGACCCCCAUCUCCACAUCACAGCCAAUCAAAGUGUCAUUUGCUACUCACAUGUAAAACUCUAACGAUCGCGCCACUGGGCGCGGCUAUUAGAAGCAGCGGGGGAAAGGAAUAUUAAUGGGAAAUGCUAUUAAAUAAAGAAAGGAAAAUGUGGGUAAGAGAAACGGUAAGAGCUAGAUGAAGGAAAGAGAGGAGUGAAAAAAGGUAUUGUACGUGCAGUAUUUUUUAUUGUCCCUACCACCCCC